UGUCUUGAAAUGACGUUUAAUUUUAGGGUUCUUGUAUAAAUUGAAAAUUUGAAGUAAUAUUAUUAUUAAUAUUAUUUGUAACUAAAUAAUUAAAUUAGAUUACGAUUCAAUUAAUAUUUGUGAUUUCCAAGUAGAGAAGCAAAAAAAAAUUAUACCGUAGAUUUAAACGUCAAUUUGACAGGUGACAUGACAACCCCAAAUAAAUCCAGGCGAUUUGAUAUUAACAUAAAUUUAGAGGAAAAGUUCCACGAACAAGGCGUUUUUUUUCGGUGUGGUUGUUGUUGUUGUUAAAUCGACCAUUAUAAUAAACGGAGUAAUAAUUCUGUAAAACGAAAGUGGAAGAAAGCGAUUUCACAUAGAGAUACGCGCGUGCGAGGGGUGCGGUUUUUACUGCUUCUGCACACGGAACGACGGAAAGAAAACAAAAGAAAAAUUUGCAUAGCUGACUGAAAGUUUCGUUCGUAAAUUGAAAAUGUAUUCGCUUUCACGUACGUACAAACACACAUGUAGAUUGUAGAAAGAGAGAAUCGAUUUAGAAGCGAGGGUUGAAAAUUUCACGAAAUUAGAUCAAAUAUUUGUAGUUUAAUGUAAUUAUUUAUAUUUGGUUGUUGUUGUGUGAAUCGAUAGGCUUCAAUCUAAAACUACGUCGCUGCAGCACGCUGAAAAUCUAAUAAAUUUGAACUGUCUUUUGAUGAGAUAAUUGCACGAAGAAGCAAGUAGAUGCAAACUUAAAUGUUAGAGAGAUUUUUGUUUGUUUUGUUAAAUCGAAAUUCGUUUUUUCAGUCGAGGCUGAAGUGAAAGAAAAAAUUGGCAUUUUAAGAAAAUAAAUAAAUAAAUAAGGGUUUUAUUGAGAAGAAUAUGUCGCUAGGGGAUAAUAAGGUUCUGAAUGGGCCGGAGGGCGAAAUUACUAUGGCAUUCAACCAGCCGACUGCGAUGAGUCAGGAGACGAGCAAAGUGGUGACCGGAAGCGGAAGUCAUCCGCGACCGCCCCCGCAUCCUCAGCAGCAUCCGCCCUUACAGCGGGUGGACAGCAGGGCGUAUCUGCAACAACAGCAGCAGCAGUAUCAACAACAGCCUAGACCUCCUACGGGUUUUAGACCACCGAUAGGUGGUAGACCUCUUCAGUUUCCACCUUCGGGUAACCCUCAAUUCCGACCACCGCUACCGGUGCGCCCUCUGCGCCCACCGCAACUGCGACCGGGCGCCCCCAGACCGCCACCGCCGCCGUCUCCGCGUCCCCAACUGUUCACUCCCAGCAGCAGACAAUCUUCUGUGGAAGAGUCCACCAGAACCCUGGAUCCCGAAAGGAGCGACGAUGCGCUGCCUCCGGAGGAGCGCCCACCCAUGAAGGGUAGAAGCUUCAGCUUGUGCAGCAACCCCGAACUUCCUGCCUAUCUGGACAACGCCAGGAGGCAAUCGGUCAGCUCUAUAGGAAGCGUCGAAGACGUCUCCGGCAGACGGAUGGAUGAGUUGCCUCCAUCUAGGCCGGAUUCGCGCGCCCAGCAACAUCUCAUGUCCAAGAUAGAGGAGAACGAGGAGAAGGCUGCACCUCCACCUCAAGCGCCAUCUACUAUUGCAGCUGCAUCUAGCAGUCCACCUACAACGUUGCCCCUAGCAACAGCAGAUGCGAAACAAUCGAACAGUCCCAGCCCGCAGCAGCCGGACAGCGUGAUCGAAAACAAACCGCCCCAAAGCGUACCGCCAAUCGAAAUCACCGACAAAGAAAAGACGAGCAACCAUCAAACAACUCCUUCGACGGUGGUGACGCCAUCUCCUAGUCCCUCCAAUCUAUCACCGCCCAAGAAAGUCUCUUUCUCUUUGAUUACAGAAGGAGACAACGACAGCGGCGUCGACGAAUCCACACAGGGAAAUGUUAGUAAUUCCUAUAAUAAUAAAAAAAAAGACCUAUUAACACAUUGACGACGGCAUGACCCACCGGUGGGUCAUUAA